AUGCAGGCCGACGACAAAAGCAAACUGCUGUGGAACGCGGUGGAUUCUGGGCAAUAUAAGGAUGCGAAGAAACUGAUUGGGAAAAGCAAUUGUGAUGUCAACUACAAGAACGAAACGAGGUUUGACGCUACCCCGCUGCACCAGGCUGCCAAAAAAGGACAUGUAGAGUUGGUGAAACUGCUGAUGAAGCACAAAGCCGAUAUUGAAGUAAAAACAAAGAAUGGAUGGACACCACUUCAUUAUGCCGCUGAAGAAGGCUUCGGUGAAAUCGUGGAGCUGUUUAUAAAGACAAUAAAAGACAUUAACUGUACCACAAAGGGUGGAUCAACACCUCUCUUUUUGGCUGCAAAGUAUGGUCAUACAGAAACAAUGAAAAUCCUCACAGACGCCGGGGCGAACACAGCAAUAAAAAAGGGUGAAUUAUCACCACUUCAAAUAGCGGCACAAAAUGGCCAUAUUCUCGCAGUUGAAUAUAUUCUGAAGAAAGGCGAUAAGGAUUUGAUUGGUGCUUUCCAUUCCGCUGUCGAGAAAGGUCACGUGGACGUCGUGAGAUUAUUGCGUGACUCUGGUGCGAAUGUGAAUGAAAAAACAGUGGUCGGUGAUUUCCCUAUUCACUUGGCAGCAUGGAAUGGACAAGUGAAAGUUAUUAAAUAUCUCAUGAAGAUGGGAGGAAGAGUAAAUGCCAGCAAUAAG